UGCACACAGGCUCAGCUGUUUGUCUCAAAGGAGAGUUCAGCAUGUCAAGAACACGGAGAGCAAGGAAAUGAAAAAAACUGGCAGAUUCAAGCCUCCCAGGGAGAAAGGAGCGUAGCGAUAACACUGAAAGAUGGAUACUUGGAAGAUGCUAGAGUGUGUGCACUAUAGGUGUGCAAUGGGUGUAAGGUCUAAGUUGCAUUAUGGCAGAGGAGAGCCUGGAGACAGAUAACCCCAGAUCCUCCAUGCCGGCUGAGCUCUAUCAUCCCCACUCUAAGUUCUCUCAGUGGAAGUUUAAACUGUUUAGGGUGAAGUCCAUGGAGAAGGCACCACUGCCCAGUGAGACACAGCCUGAGAAAGGAGCCUUGUUAGGGAUCUCACCUCCUGCAGCUCCUAAUAGAGAGUUAGAUAAUGGUGCUAGUCCAGGGAGUGUUAUGAAAUUGUGCCUAGGGGGAAAAAGCAAGGAAAAUGUGGGGAGCCCGAGCCGGAGGGUAGAUGUGAAGCUACAGGAAAUGGACACCCAUAUGAACCAUCUCAGGUGCUUCUGCCGUCUCUGUGGAAUGGCCUUGAGAAAAGUCAAAGGACCAGUGCACGAUGUUCACGGGGAUCUGGAUGAAGUAAGCAAAGGUGCCCUGCGUAAAAUGGGUUGCAAGUUUGCACGCUGGGCAGAGGUCAUCCUAAAAGUCUUUAAAGUGGAUGUGACAGAGGACACCGAAUCUGUCCACCCCCUUUCCUUCUGCCAUCGCUGCUGGAUGGCUGCCAUACGAGGAGGGGGCGUCUGCAGCUUCUCCAAAACAAGAGUCCCUGAGUGGAGACCCCACUCUUCCCUCUGCCACCUUUGCUACCCCAGAAAACCUUCAUUCCAGCGGACUGGGAGGAAGAGGAGGAAAGCUAUUCCAAGAGCCCAGAGCCUGGCAAAAAGGAUCAGAUGGGACCAUGGCGACAGCAUUUCAGUUGGUGAGAGGAGGGUUCUGAGACCAUUUGGAGACCGUCAUCAUGGUCCUGUGCUCAGGGCCUGGAGGAAACCCAGCACCCAGAGAGAGCAGUGGGUGAAGAACAUCACCCACUGCCAGAAAGACCACCUGAGUGUCAAGCAGAUUUCUGAGAAGCUCCCUGUAGAUUUCCUCUUUUCUUUCACCUGCCUAGUGUGUGACCACCUGCUCUCUGAUCCAGUCCAGUCCCCCUGUGGGCACCUAUUCUGCCGCAGCUGUAUUAUAAAAUAUAACUACGUUCUGGGACCGCACUGCCCGGCCUGCAACUUGCGCUGUACCCCUGAUAAUCUCACCUCGCCUGCCAAAGCCUUCUUAUCAGCCCUACAAUCCCUGCCUCUGCUCUGCCCCAAAACUGGCUGUGGCAAGCAGGUAAGGCUAGAUUUAUUUAAAGCUCACAGUGCAGACCAUGACCUGGAUGAACAGGAUGCAAACAAGCAGUCAUCAGAACUUGACAGCUACCUGCUAACCAAUAAAGGGGGAAGACCCCGUCAGCAUUUGCUAUCCCUAACACGUCGUGCCCAGAAGCAUCGGCUGAGGGAUCUGAAGAACCAGGUGAAGGUGUUUGCAGACAAAGAGGAAGGUGGCGACCUGAAGUCUGUGUGUCAGACUCUGUUCCUGCUUGCGCUGAGAUCUGCGAAUGAACACCGGCAGGCAGAUGAACUAGAGGCCAUGAUGCAAGGCAGAGGCUUUGGGCUGCGUCCUGCUGUGUGCUUGGCCAUUCGGGUGAACACUUUCCUGAGCUGCAGCCAAUAUCACAAGAUGUACCGGACUGUCAAAGCCACCAGUGGCCGCCAGAUUUUUCAGCCCCUGCACACCCUGAGAGCUGCAGAGAAGGAGCUUCUCCCUGGCUUUCACCAGUUUGAAUGGCAGCCAGCUCUCAAGAAUGUGUCUACAUCUUGCAAUGUUGGCAUUAUUAAUGGGCUCUCUGGAUGGGCUUCCUCAGUGGAUGAGUCCCCAGCUGACACCAUCACUCGGCGGUUUCGCUAUGAUGUGGCACUGGUGUCAGCAUUAAAGGAUCUGGAGGAGGACAUCAUGGAGGGGCUGAGAGAGAGUGGGAUGGAAGACAGUGCUUGCACCUCAGGCUUCAGUGUCAUGAUCAAGGAAUCUUGUGAUGGCAUGGGAGAUGUCAGCGAGAAGCAUGGUGGAGGACCAGUUGUUCCUGAAAAGGCUGUACGUUUCUCUUUCACUGUUAUGUCUGUCUCUGUCCUGGCAGACGAUGACGAGGAAGAGGUUACCAUCUUCACGGAGCCAAAGCCAAACUCAGAACUGUCCUGUAAGCCCCUUUGCCUGAUGUUUGUGGAUGAGUCAGACCAUGAGACACUCACAUCCGUCCUGUGGCCUAUAGUUGCAGAGCGUAAUUCCAUGAAAGAGAGCAGGCUUAUCCUAUCCAUGGGUGGACUACCUCGCUCCUUCCGUUUCCACUUCAGAGGCACGGGAUAUGAUGAAAAGAUGGUGCGUGAGAUGGAGGGCCUUGAGGCAUCAGGGUCCACCCAUAUCUGCACUCUUUGUGACUCCAGUCGGGCAGAGGCAUCUCAAAACAUGGUUCUACACUCCAUCACCCGCAAUCAUGAAGAGAACCUAGAACGUUAUGAAAUUUGGAGAACCAACCCCUUUUCUGAGUCUGUGGAUGAGCUGCGAGACAGAGUCAAAGGGGUCUCAGCCAAGCCCUUCAUGGAGACCCAUCCCACCCUGGAUGCAUUACACUGUGACAUAGGCAAUGCCACUGAGUUCUACAAAAUCUUCCAGGAUGAGAUCGGGGAGGUGUUCAAAAAGGUCAACCCCAGCCGGGAGGAACGGCGCAGCUGGAGGGCAGCCCUAGAUAAACAACUGAGGAAGAAGAUGAAGCUUAAACCAGUAAUGAGGAUGAAUGGGAACUAUGCCCGCAGGCUAAUGACCCUGGAGGCUGCAGAGGUGGUGUGUGAGCUGGUGCCCUCAGAGGAGAGGAGGGAGGCCCUGAGGGAGCUUAUAAGGCUCUACCUACAGAUGAAACCUGUGUGGCGUGCCACCUGCCCAGCCAAGGAGUGCCCCGACCAGCUGCUCCGCUAUAGCUUCAACUCCCAGCGCUUCGCUGACCUCCUCUCCUCUACUUUCAAAUAUAGGUACAAUGGAAAGAUAACCAAUUACCUGCACAAGACCCUGGCCCAUGUGCCUGAAAUCAUAGAGAGAGAUGGAUCCAUAGGAGCAUGGGCCAGCGAGGGGAACGAGUCGGCAAACAAACUGUUCAGGCGUUUCCGGAAGAUGAAUGCUCGUCAGUCAAAGGUCUUUGAGCUAGAGGACGUGUUGAAACAUCACUGGCUCUACACCUCCAAGUACUUGCAGAAGUUUAUGGAAGCUCACAAAGACUCUGCCAAAGCUCUGCAAGCUAGCAUUGACCCAGUAGAGAGCCUGGAAGAUGAGGACAUGUCUCUGGAAGUUGUUGAUUUUUGAUUUGUCAUUUCAUGUGAAGUCUUCACAUUUUAUUGAUUACAAGAUAGGUGUAUAAUGUUUUAAUUGCCUUUAUCAGUAAUAUGGGCUUCUUUACAAAUUCUUAAUAUGCUUUCUAUACCCACAAAUUUAGAUUUAUCCAUGAUUUUUCAUUAUUUUGUUGUGGUUAAAGUAUAUUUGCAAAUAAAACAACAUAAACAAGACCCUCUAUUGUUGGAUUUUACAAAAUACUUUUUGAUUGAAUAACCAGUUUCUUGCACUUGAGUAAUUUUGAAAAUGUUAUGGAAAAUAAUAAAAUAAUGGAAAAUAAUUCUCGCUUUUUACCGUUUUUUCUUGUUUACCUGUUCUUGUACUGUACUGCCUUGUUGUUUAAAGACUCUUCACAUAUACAUUCACUUUACCCUGCUUUCAUAGCUGUUAGUUCCUACAGUGUACAGGUGGGACAGCAGAGGAAUAUAAGAAACACAGGUUUCUUUUCUCUUACUCUAGCAGCUUACUCUUUUUUAAAAUCUUUACCGUCUGUGAAAUAUGGAGCAGUUUAUUGUAUUGCAAGGAUAUGACACAUUUAUGAAUUUAUAUAGAGAGGAUAUUUAUGGAAACAGAUGAAAGCGCUGUAAGUCAUGGAGGGAAAUUGUGUUAAAAAGACCACAUUUGUGGCCACUGUAUUAAUAUAUCAUUUGAGCUGGAGCAAAAUGCAAUCACAGAGACCCAAAUGUUCUUUGUUUCAUGAGUGCCCUCUGAAAAAGAUUACUUUAGUGCUUUAUCUUAGGAUCCCUGAGGGGCAGAAUAGAUGCCAGGUCACUUUGAACCAAUUUUUAUCUCUUUUAGUUUUUGCACAGUGGAGAAUAGAUGAUACUUAUUCGAAUCCUUCACAUAAAAUAAAGCAUAUACUGACCUUUUUGUUGAUAUCAUAAAAAUACAGUAUGGUCCAUUACGAAGCCUAAUACCCCAUGGACUCUCCAACAGGCAGGGAUUUUUCUUAAGUUCUGUAUAUAACCUGGCACUUUUUCUCUGCUGAUAUUUCUCCAUUGCCGUGGUUGACAGAGGAGAGGGAUGAGCGGAAGCUAGAAAGACCUGAUAUAAACUGAUUUGUUGACAAGUUUAUUUGUUUGAUUGAUUGAUUGAUUAUAUUUUCUGUUUCUGCCCUUACAAUUUUGAAUUGUGACAGGCAAUGUUGUUUUCUCAUUCAUUGAAUGUUUGAUUUUAUUUUACUGUCAUAUGUUUAACCACAUGAUAGCUGUAAAAUAUUCACAUUUCAUUCCAUAGUUGUCACAGCCCUACAAUAAUAUCAUGUUUUAGAGUGCAUUAUAUUGCAGCAGCUUUUUUUGCCAUUAUGAAUUCCCCUUUCCAAAAUAAUGGAUGAUGGAUGAUUCACUGAAAUGUACUUGUUCAGUGUUCACUAUGUAUUUCCUCUUUUUUGUUUCCAUAUUACACUAAAUAUCAGGUAAACUGUUUACUGGGGUUACAGAUUUGUUUUUAGAUGCUAUACAGUAUUCAAAUAUUUCUGCUUUAUUUUCACAGAAACAGCUAACUUGCUUACCUUUUGAUGAGUUAUGGUGGAUGGCAUUUGUACUAGUUUGUCCUUGUUUCCUCAAAAAUAAAUACAGUUAAAAUUUGA